UAUAAAUGUUUGAUCCCAGCGUUGGAAAACUUGUUGUCAAAACAUUUCUCCCCCUCCUCCAAGCAUCGCUUGUAUACUGCCUCGUUCUGUUUUCCCCAGACAAAGGCGCCUGGUUCUUCACUUUUUAUAUCUUGUAACAAGCCUAAGGUAGAAUAAAUUUGGUGACGUCACAUUAUUGCCCUCAAUCCAAAGAAAGGGUCACCUAUGAACUAGAGAGCUUGUUCCUCAAUUUUAACUUUGGUAAGGUUCCGAGCAUAAGUGCUGGUGGAUAAAAAGAAAGUUUAGUGCUCCAAGUUCACUCAGUGUACUUAGGUAUACAUCACAACAUGUUGGGGAACAUCAGCGUCAUCUGUUCAUCAUUGUUGUGGGUCUCAUUCACAUUUUCUACAGUCUACUGCAGUGAUUUGAGUAGACUGCGACGACAAAUUGUUUUUCCCGAUGAUCCAGAACUUUCGUUUGGUCACGAAAAGUGUUCCAGAUCUUUUAUUCCAGAAGGGAUCUGUAAAAGUAUUUUAAAGUGUAGGGAACUGAUGCAAGAGACGGACACCAAACGUCUCUUAGAGGCCAUUUGUGGAUAUGAUGGAACUGUACCUAUUGUCUGCUGUCCGGUUUCUGGACCAUCUGUAAUUCCUACACCAAGACCCAACGAACCACCACCAGAUAUAGUACCACACCAACUACCGAACCGAUGUGGAAUGCGUAAUAUUUCAAGCAACAGAAUUAUAGGUGGACGCGAGGCAGAUGUUGGUGGUUGGCCCUGGAUGGUAAGACGAAAAUCUAUUUUGAAAGAGUAUUUUAGUACUGAAGACACUGUUCUUAUUUUGCUA